CAGAUCACACCAGGCCCCGCCCCGCUAGUUUGCAGACCAUCAAAACACCGGUAAAAAAUUAGCGAGGCACAGGAGGACAAUACCGGAGAGAAUGAAGAUUUACUUCCAAAAAGAAAAGCAACAUCUGCCAUCUGGAACUAUUUUGGAUACAAAAAGCUUGAUGUUGACCAAACAAAGGUACUUUGUAGACAGUGCCAUGCAAUUGUGUCGGCAACCCGAGACAACACGUCGAAUUUACUCGCCCAUUUAAACAGACACCACAAAUCUCUGUAUGACGAGUUCAGAGUCAGAUCUGAUUGCCAUCCACAGCCAAAGCAAAAAACGAUUUCAGAUGCCUUUGCCGGUGUUACACCAUAUGAGAAAGGUUCAAAACGGCAUAAAGACAUCACAGAUGCCAUAACAUUUCACCUGGCAAAAGACAUGGUACCAAUUUACACCGUUACCAAAAAGGGUUUUAAGAAAAUGAUCCGCUCACUUGAUAAGCGGUACGUAAUACCGUCACGCACCUAUUUUUCUCAAGUCGCCAUCCCCGACCUGUACGAGAAAUGCAGGGCAAAAGUUGAAACAGAGCUGUCUAAAGUGGAAUACUAUGCUGUUACAACGGACUUGUGGUCCAGCCGGACAACGGAGCCGUACAUAAGCCUGACGGUGCACUUUAUUGAUGAGGACUUCACACUGAAAAGUCGCUGUUUGCAAACGGCAUUUUUCCCAGAAAAUCACACAAGUGAGAACAUCGCAGCGGGGCUGAGAGAAGCGGUGGCUGCUUGGGGCCUGGAUGAGACACGUCAAGUCUGUAUAACAACAGACAAUGCUGCAAAUAUGGUGAAGGCUGCCUCCCUGAACGAGUGGACCAGGCUGCAGUGCUUUGGCCACAGACUUCAUCUUGCAGUUGAAAAUGCAGUGAAAAAGGAUGGCCGCAUCAACCGUACUGCGGGUGUGUGCAAGAAGCUGGUGGGUCACUUCUCUCACAGCUGGAAGGCCAGAAGUGCUCUUGAAAAAGCCCAGAAGGAACUCAAUCUGCCAUCACUGACAUCAUUGUGUGAUCAAUGGCGGCAGGUGCAGUGGGUGCAGUCACAGCUCUCUUAA